AUGCAGCGUUGGACCGGAGAACAACGAGGUUUUGCCGUUAAAGCGUUUUACCUGAAUGGUGAAAGCUACGUAGGCGCGCAACAAGCGUUCCGCCGACAUUUUAAUCUCUUGCCUCAAGUUCCUGUACCGGACAGAAAAACCAUUAAGAAUUGGAUUGAAAAUUUGGAAACAACAGGUCAGACAACGAAGAAAAGAGGAGGUACAGCAAGGACUAUUCGCACUCCUGAGAAUGUGGAAGCUGUGCGAGUUGCAAUCGCAAGAAGCCCUCGAAGAUCUGCUCGACGCCACAUCAUUGCUCUAGGACUUUCAAACCGAACAAUGUGGAUGAACGAUGAAGCCCAUUUUCAUCUUAGUGGAUACGUCAACAAGCAGAAUUUUCACUAUUGGGCUCCAGAAAACCCUAAUGAACUUCAUGAACGGCCACUCCAUUCCGCUAAAGUAACCGUGUGGUAUGCAGUCUUGGAAAAUGAUGGUCGUCAUUUACCAGACAUGAUUUUCAAAAAGUGA